AUGGCGAAAAUCAAGAAGAAGGGUACCUCUGGCGCGGCCAAAAACUAUAUCACUCGUACCCAGGCCGUGCGCAAACUUCAGAUCUCUUUGCCCGAUUUCCGUCGACUUUGCAUUUUCAAGGGAAUUUACCCUCGUGAGCCUCGUAGCAAGAAGAAGGCCUCAAAGACCUCGACCCCGAACACCACCUUCUAUUACACCAAGGACAUCCAGUACUUGUUGCACGAACCCCUGCUUAACAAGUUCCGUGACCAGAAGGCACUUGCCAAGAAGAUUGCCCGCUCGCUCGGUCGUGGUGAAGUCAGCGACGCUGCGCGCCUCGAAAAGAACCAUGCCCCGAAGCUCACUCUGGACCAUGUCAUCAAGGAGCGUUAUCCGACCUUUAUCGAUGCUCUCCGUGACCUCGACGAUGCUCUUUCUCUUCUCUUCCUGUUCGCCACCCUCCCUUCCACUACCCAUGUUCCCGCCAAGACUGUCGCCCUUUGCCAGCGUGUCUGCCACGAGUUCCAGCACUACCUGAUUGUCACCAACUCUCUGCGCAAGUCCUUCCUCUCGAUCAAGGGUAUCUACUACCAGGCAACUAUCCAGGGACAGGAUAUCAUGUGGCUGGUGCCGUACCGAUUUGUGCAGCGCGUUAACGGUGACGUCGACUACCGUAUCAUGGCCACGUUUGUGGACUUUUACACCACACUCCUGGGUUUUGUCAACUUCCGUCUUUACUCCGGCAUUGGAUUGAGAUACCCUCCCAAGUUUGACACCCGUAGUGACGAGAACGGUGCUGAGUUGUCUGCCUUCACCCUCGAGGGCCGCACAGUGGGUCAACAACCCAAGGCCAUUGAGUCCAAGAAGACCCAGGCAAAUGAUAACAAAGAGGUCUCAAGCGAUCUUCAAGCCAAGGUGGACAAGGUCAUCAAGUCAGCCGGUCUGGACCAGAACAAGGACGAGCAGGCAAUGGACACAACCGAGGAGAACGUCGACGCCAUUGACAAGUUCGAGCCAGCUGCCCCCGAGGCCGACACUCUGCCCCAGCCCGAUAUGAGCGGCAAUGAAGCCGGAGCUCUUUUCGCUCCUUUCGUGUUCUACAUUUCUCGUGAGGCCCCCAAGGCUCCUCUUGAGUUUAUCCUGCACGCUUUCGGCUGUAAGCGUAUCGGUUGGGAUGCCGUUCUUGGUGGCGGUGCUUUCACCCACGAUGAAACCGACCCACGCAUCACUCACCAGAUCGUUGAUCGUCCUCAGCUCCCCCAGGAGUCCCUUCCCACGAUUCCUGCUGCGGAUGGUGCUGCCCAGAAGGUUAAGCCUGGUACCCGCAUCCCGGGUCGUACAUACGUUCAGCCCCAGUGGGUCUGGGAUUGUAUCAAUGAUGGCAAGCUCCUGCGUGCUGACCUUUACGCCCCCGGUGCCACCCUCCCUCCUCACUUGAGCCCCUGGGUGAAGCCCUCGCGUGGCGGCUACGACCCGCGCGCUACCUUGGCUGAGCAGGAAGAGGAAGGUGAGGCCGAGAUGGCCGAAGACGAUGCCGGGGACAGUGAUGAGGAGAUGGAAGAUGAGGCCCCGGCCGAUGAGAAGGCCGCUGUUGAGGAGGAGUCCGACGAUGAGUCCGUCGACGGAGGAAUGGAUGUUGCCGGAACCGACGAUGACGAGAGUGCCAGUGAUGAAGAGGAAGAGGAUGAAGACUUUGGUGGAUUUGAGGAGAACGAGGCGGCCAGCGAGUCUGACGAUGACGACGAGGCUGCCCAGAACCAGCACCAGCGUGAGCUUGAGGCCGAGGCCGCCGGUCUGCCCUUCACCGCCAGCAGUGCCACCGAGGAGUCUUCUAAGAAGAAGACCGCUCAGUCCAAGAAGCUGGCUGCUAAGAAGAAGAAGGAGGAUGAGGAACUCGAACGCCAGAAGAUGAUGAUGAGCCGGAAGAAGCGCAAGCUGCUCGAGAAGAUGAUGUACUCGAACAAGAAGCAGUCUGACGAGGCUGCCAAGCUGCGUUCCAAGCGUCGCAAGCUUGAGAAGGCCCCUCCUGCUAAGAAGUAA